AUGAAGAGUUCAGAUCCAUCGUUCAAUUAUCAUGCUUCAAACCAAUCAUCGAAUCCAAAUCGUCAUCCGCCUCAUCUUCGUGGUAAAGCUAUCGGUUUAUGGUAUGCUCAACGGCAACGAUCUGCCAACUUACCUCGAACAUCAUCGAAUUCUCAUCCACCUGCAUCACAACCAGUAGCAACUAUUGAAUUAUCUCCAAAUGAAAUUCAACGUGUUACAGAAAUUCAUCAAUUAUUUAAUCAUAAAAAUGACUCACGAAAACAUUUUAAACAAUGUUCAACAAAUAUUAAUGAUAUUGAAGAAGAUAAUAUAUCGAUUGAUGAUGCUGAACAUGCUAUUCAGUUUGAAAAAUUACAUAGUUCAUUUCAAUAUUUUGAAUCACUCGAUCGUAAACCAAAUAUUGAUCAUAACUUAAUCGAUGAUUUACAAAAAAAACAAUCUUCAUCAUUAUAUCAAAAAUUAAAUAUACAACGAGCUCGUUUACCUAUAACUGAUUAUCGUCAACAAAUUCUUGAUACUAUUGAACAAAAUCAAAUAAUUGUUCUUGUUGGUGAAACUGGAUCAGGAAAAACAACACAAGCAGCUCAAUUUAUUCUUGAUGAUCAAAUUUUAAAAAAUCAAGGUAGUCUAUGUCGAAUUGUUUGUUCACAACCACGUCGAAUUAGUGCUACAUCAGUUGCUCAACGUGUAGCACAAGAACGUGGUGAAACGAAUCUUGGUGAUUCUGUUGGUUAUCAUAUUCGUCUUUCAGCUCAAUUACCACGUAAAAAUGGUUCAAUUCUAUUUUGUACAACAGGAAUGUUACUUAAAUAUAUUGAAAAAUAUACUAAUUUUGAACAUUUUUCUCAUGUAAUUCUCGAUGAAAUACAUGAAAGAAAUAUUGAAAUGGAUUUUUUACUUAUUUUCAUAAAACGUUUAUUAAAAAUACGUCAAAAUAUUAAAGUUAUAUUAAUGAGUGCAUCGAUUCAAGCUGAAAAAUUUAGUAUUUAUUUUAAUAAUUGUCCAAUUUUACGCAUUCCAGGAAAUAUGUAUCCUGUGACAGAAUAUUUUCUUGAAGAUUAUAUAACAAAAUUAAAAUAUCCAUAUGAUAAUAUAAUAAAUAAUCAACGAUCAAAUCGAAAAUAUAAUAAUGAAAUAGAUCAUACAAGUUUUGAUAAUUAUAUAAGUGAACUUCAAUUUGACUUAGCUCGACAACAUAAAUCAAUUGAUGUUUUUAAAAAAAUUCAAGCUAUUGGCACUGAUUUUGGUUUAGAAAUUAAUUGUGAUUUAGUUGUUAGUGUUAUUGAAUUUUUAUGUCGAAUAUCUUCUCAAGGUACAAUUCUUGUAUUUCUUCCCGGUUGGAGUGAUAUUAUUAAAUGUAGUCAAUUACUUCGUCAAAGAACAUUAUUAGCAUCGUAUCUUCAUAUAUUACCAUUACAUAGUUUAUUACCAUUACAUAAUCAACAAGAAAUAUUUGAACCAUCACCUCAUCCAAAUUUACGUAAAGUUAUUUUAUCAACAUCAAUUGCUGAAACAUCGAUUACUAUUGAUGAUAUUGUUUAUGUUAUUGAUACUGGUCGAACAAAAGCAAGUGAUUAUGAUCUUGAAACACAAGGAAAAUGUCUUUUACCAACGAAUGUUUCACGAGCAAAUUUACUUCAAAGAAAAGGACGAGCUGGUCGAACACAACCCGGUGAAUGUUAUCGUUUAUUUACACGUUGUAGUGAACGUCUUUCAUUUGUUGAUUUUCCUCAAGCUGAAAUGAUUACAUCACGUUUAGAUAAUAUUUAUUUACAAGCUAAAUUAUUAAAUGUAGAUAAUAUUAAAGUAUUUCUUCAAGAUGCACUUGAUCCACCAUCAAUUGAAGCUAUAGAACAUGCAGAAAAAUUUUUAUGUGAUAUUGGUGCAUUAAUAUCUGAGACAAAUCAAUUAACACCAAUUGGAAAAAUUCUUGCUCAUUUACCAAUGAAUCCUCAAAUUGGAAAAUUAUUAAUUAUGGGUUAUUUAUUUUCUUGUUUUGAUCCAAUAUUAACAAUUGCAUCGAUUUUAAGCUAUCGAGAUCCUUUUGUUACUCCAAUUGAUAAAAUUCAAGAAAUAAAUGAAAUACGUCGUCGUUUUGGUCAUAAUACAAUGUCAGAUUAUUUAAUGUUAGUAAAUAUUUAUCAAGAAUGGAAAAGACAAAGAAAUUAUCGUGAUAAAAAUCAUUUUUGUUUUGAAAAUUUUCUUAAUUCAAAUCAUAUGAAAAUGAUUGAUAAAGUACGAAAUCAAUUAAAACAUCUUAUUCAAGAUUAUUUUGCUUCUUAUACAGAUGAUGCAAAUAGAAAUAAAAAUAAUUAUGAUCUGAUCUGUGCACUCAUGUGUGCUGGACUCUAUCCAAAUAUUGCACGUAUUCGUCUAUCAUUAGAUAAAUCAUCAAAACGACCAUGCUUAUUAGAAACUAAAUAUGAGAAACGAAUUUUAAUACAUCCGAGAUCAAUUAAUGCAAAACUCAGGGAUGAUGACAUCCGUCGUUCAUUUAUUCAAUCAACAUUAAUUGUUUAUCAUGAAAAAAUUCGUACAUCAAGUAUAUUUAUUCAUGAUACAAGUUUUAUAUCACCAUAUGCUUUACUUUUCUUUGGUAAAAGUCAAUUAACAACAGAAAAAUAUUCAAAUAUAACAAAUAAUAAUAAUAAUAUAAUUCUAAUUGAUAAUUGGAUAAAAAUAAAUAUUGAUAAUAAAACAAAUGAAUUAAUUCAUGAAUUAAAAGAAAAAUUUAAUUAUUUAGUUGAAAAAAAAGCAUUAAAGAAAAAUAUUUUUCUUGAUAAUGAACAACAUUUAAUUGAAACAAUAAUUCAUUUUAUAACAAAACAAGAUAAAAAUUUAUUAAUACAAAAUAAAUUAAUUGAUGAUUAUUCAAAGAAAAAUAUUAUUUAUGAAGAUUGGGAUGAUGAUAUUAAAAAUGUAUCAAAUACAAAUUCAUCUGUAUUUAAUCAGAGUUAA